UUUCUUCUUUAAACAAAACAAAAAAAGAAAAAAGAAAAAUCUCACCGAUUCUGGUGAUCUUCCCCCUCCUCAAUCUCACCGAAUCCAGAGAUACAACCGACCAAGAUCCAACCUUCAUUUCUUCAAUUGGAAUCCAAACGUUGUUUGCGGUUCCUGUCGCUAUCAGAUUCACCUGUUGCUCCUCCUCCUCCUCGUCAAUUUCUGCAUUAUCGAGAAUAUUGGAAGGUUUUAAUUGUUGAUUCUGGUCUGGUCUUAAGUCAACCUCUGAAGUUUUGAUUCAAGCUUCCAAAUAUAUAAAGCCAUGAGUUUUGUUUUUCGAGGAACAAGAGCAGACAUAGAAAAUGGGUUUCCGGGAUUUAUACCUGAGAGGCGUGCAUUGCGUGUUCAUGCAGCACGUCCUAGUAAUUCUAAUUCACUCACUUUUCUUGUGACAGUUCUCCUGUUAUUCAUGAUACUCAACUCUCAUCAGAUGUCGCCAAAUUUUCUGCUCUGGCUGGUGCUUGGUGUUUUCUUGAUGGCUACAAUGUUAAGGAUGUACGCAACAUGUCAACAGCUCCAAGCUCAGGCCCAAGCUCAUGCAGCAGCAGCCAGUGGCCUUCUUGGCCAUACAGAAGUGCGGUUGCAUAUGCCUCCAUCGAUAGCACUUGCAAGUCGAGGGCGUCUGCAGGGUCUCAGACUUCAGCUUGCACUUCUUGAUCGGGAGUUUGAUGACCUAGAUUAUGAAACUUUAAGAGCUCUGGAUUCAGAUAAUGUUUCUACUGCACCUUCUAUGACAGAGGAAGAGAUAAAUGCUCUUCCUGUUCACAAAUACAAGGUUUCUGGUCCCUCAAGCAGUGGUUCCUCAUUGCCACAAGCAUCACCUUCUACUUCUGCCGAGAAAGAGCAGGAUAAAUCAAAUGCAGUUGGGAGCAUGAAAGUCUCUGAUGAUGAGCUCACUUGCAGUGUAUGCUUGGAGCAAGUCAACGUUGGAGACAUACUUCGUAGCUUGCCAUGCUUGCAUCAGUUUCACGCUAAUUGCAUCGAUCCAUGGCUGCGGCAACAAGGGACAUGCCCUGUCUGUAAAUUUCGAGCAGGAACUGGGUGGAGUGAGAGUGGACAUAAUGACAUCGCAGACAUGGUUUAAACACCUUGUCUAAUUUUUAUUUAUGGACUUUGUGUUUAUAUAUACUAUAACUGUAGCUUAUUCUGAUCAUGUAUCAAAGUUAGUUGCUUAUGACUAGUAUUCGUGUAAUUACCCUCAAAUAGGGAUGUGAAGAGUAGCAGAAUUCCAUGUAAUGUAACAACUAUAGAAGUUACAAAAUUUGUUUCUUAUUGAAGUUACAGUUUCAUUUCGGCUCA